GCGGCCGGAAGUGCCCGUGUGGGCGGUGGGACCAGCAUGGCGGCAGACGCGGAGGCGAAGGGCUUCGAGCACAUGGGGCUGGACGGGCGGCUGCUGCGGGCGGUGGCCGAGCUGGGCUGGGCGGUGCCCACGGCCAUCCAGGCACGCGCCAUCCCGCUGGCCAUGGAGGGCCGGGACCUGCUGGCCCGGGCCAGGACCGGCUCCGGGAAAACCGGCGCGUACGGGCUGCCCCUGCUGCACAAACUGCUGGGGGUCAAGGAGGCGUCCCCAGCCGUGCCCCAGGCCGUGCGGGCGCUGGUGCUGGUGCCCUCGGCAGAGCUGGCCCGCCAGGUGGGGCACACCCUGCGCCGCCUCGCCGCCUUCUGCUCCCGCCAGCUGCGCGUGGCCGAGCUCUGCGGCCACUCCGAGCUCGCUGAGCAGCGGCCGGUGCUGAUGGAGAAGCCAGACAUCGUGGUGGGCACCCCUGGCCGUGUCCUGGCGCACGUGGCCGGACACAACCUGAGCCUGCGGCCGUGGCUGGAGCUGCUGGUGCUGGACGAGGCUGAUCUGCUGCUGUCCUUCGGCUUCGGGGACGACAUCAAGGCCCUGCUCUGCCACCUCCCCAAGAUCUACCAGGCGCUGCUGGUGUCGGCCACGCUGAACCCCGAGCUGGAGGCGCUGCAGGAGCUGGUGCUGCACAACCCCGUGCACGUCCUGCCCCCCGAGCCCCGUCUGCCGGGCUGCUCCCAGCUGCAGCAGUUCCGGGUGUGCUGUGACACGGAGGAGGACAAGUUCCUGCUGCUGGCGGCGCUGCUGAAGCUGCGGCUGCUGCGGGGCCGGGCUCUGCUCUUCGUGGGCAGCCUGGCCCGCGCCUUCCGCCUCAAGCUCUUCCUGGAGCAGUUCGGCAUCGCCGCCUGCGCGCUCAACCCGCAGCUGCCCGCCCGCUCCCGGUGCCACGUCAUCGCCCAGUUUAACCGGGGUCUGUACGAUUUCAUCGUGGCCACCGACGAGGAGGCGCCGGCAGAGCCCGCCCGGCCCCGCCCGCGCAAAGGGGGGACAGCCAGGAAGGGUGACAGGAAGGGUGACAGGAAGGGACAGUCCCCGCAGUGUCCCCAGGACCCCGAGUUCAGCGCCUCGCGUGGAAUCGAUUUCCAGAACGUCGCCGCCGUCGUCAACUUCGAUGUCCCUGGGACGGUGGAGACCUACAUCCACCGUGUGGGCAGGACAGCCCGUGGGGACAGCCCUGGCACGGCGCUGACGCUGGCACUGCCCGACGAGCUGGAGGCGCUGCAGAGGAUCGAGGACACGCUGGCAGGAGAGAACGGUCAGUCCAUGCUGCAGCCGUACGAGUUCCGCAUGGAGGAGAUCGAGACACUGCGCUACCGCUGCAGGGACGCCAUGCGCUCUGUCACCAAGCAGGCCGUGCGCGAGGCGCGGCUCCGGGAGCUGCGCCAGGAGCUGCUCAACUCUGAGAAACUCAAGGUUUAUUUUGAGGACAAUCCCCGGGACCUGCAGGCGCUGAGGCACGACCGGCCCCUGCACCCAGCCAGUGUCCAGCCCCACCUGGGGCACAUCCCUGAGUACCUGGUGCCCCCCAGUCUCCGCGGCGUCGCCAACCCCAACCCCAAAAAGAGGAAAUGUCCCCGAGGGGCCCGGCGGGGGGGGAGCAAGCCCCGCGGCUCCGGGAAUCCCCUGCAGAGCUUCAGGUUCACCCAGCGGGGGAAGGGGCGGGGGCGGGGGGGAGGGGGCACGGCCUGAGCUCCGGGGACACCGGGGACACCUGGGACACCCCCUGGGACACCUGGGACAUCCCCUGAGCUCCUGGGGACACCCCCUGAGCACCUGGGGACACCUGAGGACACCCUCUGAACACUGCGGGGACACACAGGGACACCCCUUGGGGACACCCCCUGAGCCCUUGGGGACCCAGCUGUCACCCCCUGUGUCACACCUCGUGUCCCCCCCGGGGGUCGGUGGCAAAUAAAGGUGCCAAGGAGCCG